AUGGCGCCCGUCGAGCCGCCGCCUGCGGGCAGCAGCGCCAUGACGUACGAGCAGCUGCGGCAGGCGAAAAUGCAGGCGACGCAGCGCGCGUUCGCGGAACUGCAGAGUCUGUCGGCGGAUUUAACCCAGGAGACCCGGCGGCAGGCCGGCGAGAAACAGCAGCAGCCCCGCCGGUCGUGGACGCGGCGAAAGCUCUUCGAUAAAGUUCGUCGAUCCGGCAGGCUUCAAAACGCCCCUGCUACCCAAUACCUCGAACUGGACGACAGAACGCCAGAGUGCAGCACCGCACGAAUCUCUGCCGGUCGCCGAACCUGGCAGCUUCGGUCUAUGGGCUCGUCGGCAGGCUCGGCCGAGGCUGGGAUGGUGGUUCGGUGCGGGAAGGAGGUGUACACUGAGGAAGACCUGAGGAAGCUUCGUGGGCAUGUGAAGCCUUAUGGUAUCAACGUUGAGCGAUACAAGAACAGGGUCUAUGACCCUGUGAAUGGGAAGUCCUGUCACCAAUGCAGGCAAAAGACGCUGGGCCUGCGCACUGAGUGUGCGGCGUGCAAGGAUCGCUCAGUGUGCGGGCAGUUCUGCGGGGACUGCCUGUUUUUGAGAUACGGUGAGAACAUAGAGGAGGCACUAGCAGACCCGGAGUGGGAGUGCCCGGUGUGUCGGGACAUCUGCAACUGCUCCAUCUGCAGGAACCGCAAGGGGUGGGGACCCACUGGACAGCUCUUUCACAAGGUGUGGGGUGCGGGCUACCAGUCCGUUGCACACUACCUCAUGCUCACACGUAUGGCCAAAGGGGGAGAGAACACAGGGGAGCGGACGGAUGGGGAUGAGGUGGAGGAGGGGAAUGGGAGUGAGGAGGUGGGGGGAGCGGAGGGAGGGAGUGAGGGAGCGGGAGGAGAGAGUGAGGAGGGAGAUGAGGAGGAAGGGAGUGAGGAGGAGGGGGAACGGGAGAGGAGUGAGAUCACAUUGAUAGAAGAGUGUAAGGAUGGGAAUGAGAAGUCGCGGACGAGAAAGAGAAAGGGCGGGGUUGAGAGGAGUGCCAUGGAGACGAGAGGAGGGAAACAGGGACUCGGGAGGAAGAAGAAGUGUGUGAUCAGAAAGGGAGAGGAGGAGGAAGAAGAUGUUGUGGAGGUUCAGGUGUGCAGAACGGUGGUGCAAGUGAAAGAGGAGAGGGAGGAGGGAGAGAUGGGGGGAGGUUUGGAGAUUGAGUGGACCAAGAUGAGAGCAGUGAAGGAGGAGGAAAAGAAGGAGCAGGAGGAGGUGGAGGAGGUGGAGGAGGAGGAGGAGGUGGAGAGAAAAGAGGAAGAAGGGCUAAGGCGGACAGGGCAGGUGAAAGUCAAGACGGAAAAUACACCAACGGCACGUGGGAAAGAGGCAUUUGGCGGUUGUGGUACGAGUAAAUGGUGCAUCAAGAAAGGUUCACUUGUUGAGAUAGCCACCACAGGAGCAGGUGCAGGGAGCGAGGUGAAGAGAGAAGAAAGUGAGGUGAAACGAGAAAGUGGGAUAUUGACAAGGAGGGCUGCGGCAAGACUGGAAGCAGAAGCUGCCAAGUGCAGGGCUGCUGAUGCCCGGGUUUUGCGGUCUCGCAUCAUCCAUUCGCCACGGACAGGCGGAGCAGCAGGAGCAUGCAGAGCAGGAGCGGGUGGAGCAGGAGCAGCAGCGGGGAGAGCAGGAGUGGCAGCCGGAGGGCCUUACAAGCGAAGCGGUACAAAGUCGGGCCUUGAGACAGUUGUGAGGAGCGCUGUAAAGGGGAUAGGCAAAGGGGGAAGCAGAGAGGAAGUGGAAGAGGAUAAGGUACAGUUGAGGCAUCUCCAAAAGGACGAGGAGUAUGAUAGUGAUGAUGAUGUGAUCGAAGUGGUGGUUGCUAGGACAGUUUAG